AAGCAGACAAGCUUGUAUCAGCGAGACAGCGAGACAGCGAGACAGCGAGACAAGCCCAGCAGCGACCCACAACCACCAAACGAACGAGCACCAAGAAGCAAACCAUGCCACCACACCGGGUGUUCAUCUCGCUGCGCUUCAGCGAGGCCAUGGAGGAGAGCGAAGCCCUGAAGAAGGCGUUGGACGAGCGGGGCGUGCCCACGUUCCUGUGCUCCGUUGCUGCUGGCGACAGCAUCGCCGACGCCGUGAUCGAGGCCAUCGACGAGUGCGAGCUGGUGGUGAUCAUGGGCACGCACACGUACGGCGAGAAGUUGGGCAGCAAGUUCAGCUCGUGCAAGGAGCUCGAGUUCAUCAUGGAUGAGGAGAAGCCGUUCUUCCUGGUGAAGAUGUGUGACCGCUUCAAGCACGCCAAGACGCGCUUCUGGUUCCCAUCCACCAUCGCCGACCACCCAUGGCGGCCACAGGGCGCCGAGCGUUCUCAGCCACCAGACGAGCUCGUGGACGCCAUCAUCGCCAAGCUCAAGGACGUGACCGGCGUCGGUGCAUCGGUGAAGCAGCAACCACAGCAACCACAGCAACCACAGCAGCAAGAAGCAGGUGGCCCAGCUUCUUCAACUUCGCUUGACAUUUCUUCCCCUUCUUCCUCUUCCUCCUCGCAAGUGCAUGGCGUGCGGGCAGUCAGUGGCGGUGGUGCUGAGGACGCCGUGCGGAAGCUGCAGAAUAACGGCAUCAGCAUGCACGCAGCUGAGAUUGUGCAGUUGAUGCAGGCGUUUCCCGCCUCUGCUGACGUGCAACGUUUUGCCUGCAAGGCACUGGAAGACCAAGCAAGGGACAAUGGCUCAAAGCGUGUGGAGGCGGCUGCAUCCGGCGCCAUCGACGCAAUCAUCAAGGCGAUGAAGAUGCAUAGCAGCAACGGCGAUGUGCAAGAGAAAGGGUGUGCUGCGUUAUGGAACCUGGCAGAGAACGACGACAACGUGGUAUCGAUUGCGUCAAAGGGCGGGAUUGAUGUUGUGAUUGCGGCGAUGAAGAUGCACAGCAGCAACAGUGGUGUGCAAGUGCAAGGGUGUGGUGCGCUGUGGAAACUGGCAUACAACAACUACAGAGUGGCGAUUGCAUUGAAGGGCGGGAUUGAUGCUGUGGUUUCAGCCAUGAAGAUACACACCAACAACGAGGGGGUACAACACAAGGGGUGUGGUGCGCUGCAAAACCUGGCAUGCUAUAGGCGUGACAACAAACGUGCGAUUGCGUUGAAGGGCGGGAUUGAUGCUGUGAUUGCAGCCAUGAAGAACCACAUCGACAACAGCAAGGUACAACACCAGGGGUGUGGUGCGCUGCACAACCUGGCAGUGAACGAUGACGACAACAAGGUGGCGACAGCGUCGAAGGGCGGGAUUGAUGCUGUGAUCGCGGCGAUGAAGAGUCAUACCAACAACGCCGGUGUGCAACAGAAUGGGUUUGCUGCGUUGUGCAACAUAGCAUGCAACAAUGAUGACAACAAGGUGGCGAUUGCGUCAAAGGGUGGGAUUGAUGCUGUGGUCGCGGCGAUGAAGACGCACACCAACGACGGCGGUGUGCAAAAGAAUGGGUGUGGUGUGCUCGCACAUCUCGCCCUUCACCCUGACUUGCGGGGAUAUCUUCGUUCCGAAAACGUUUCUCUUCUCGCCAGGCAGGCCAAGAAGAGCUACCCGGGUAACAGUCAAGUGUAUGAAUGGACAACCAGCUUGCUGAGGAGUCUUGCCUGA